AUGAAGUCUUUCAUUGCAACUCUUGCCAUUUCUCUCGCCCUCACCGGCCUAGGAAAUGCUUCCACUAUCCCCACAAGGUCUCUCACCCCUCGUGCCGAUUUCUGCGAGCAGUAUGGCUCCACGACCACCGGUAGUUACAUUGUCUAUAACAACCUCUGGGGCUUGAGUUAUGACACCAGCGGUACUCAGUGCACCGAGGUUGAAUCACUAUCUGGCACGACGAUUUCCUGGUGGACGUCGUUCUCAUGGUCUGGAGAAUCCAGCCAAGUCAAGAGCUAUGCCAACGUAGCUCUCGACUUCACGGCGAAGAAACUGAGCGCAAUCAGUAGCAUCAACACAGUUUGGGAGUGGAGUUUUUCUAACGAGGACAUCGUCGCCGACGUCUCAUACGAUUUGUUCCUAUCCUCUAGCGCCAGUGGAAGCAAUGAGUAUGAAAUAAUGGUGUGGCUGGCCGCUCUGGGCGGCGCAGGCCCGAUCUCCUCCACUGGAUCAGCGAUUGCCACGACCACAAUCGGUGGUGUCACUUUUAAGCUGUACUCGGGUGCUAAUGGCUCUACUACCGUAUAUAGCUUUGUCGCCGAGUCCACCACCACGAGUUUUUCGGGUGACUUGCUUGAUUUCUUCAAGUACUUGGAAGAAAACGAAAGCUUGAGCUCCAGCAAGUACUUGAUUGAUGUGCAGGCUGGUACUGAGCCUUUUACUGGGACUGCUAAGCUGACUGUUUCGGAAUAUUCGGUCAGUGUUGUGUAA